GCAGCGCGCGCCGCGCAGCGACACGGCGCAGCAACAUGAAUGACCGAGGCAGGGAGACACUUCGCCGCUUCCACAGGAGCCCCGCUCUCUCCGUCUGAGCCGGAUCCAUCACGCCACCCGCUCCCCUCCUUCCUGACCGACCGUUGCCACUUCUUCCCCGGCUCGGUGUCCUCCGUCCGCCGCCGCGCGGCCGCCGCGAGACGCGUCAGCGGGAUGUUCCAGCCUCCAUCUUCACCGAGCGGCGUGUAGAGAGCUGACAGGCGAGUGUCUGCGUUAACAGCGGAGGAGCUGACGGUAAAUGAGAGGCCGCCACCAUGCCCCCAGGGAAGUAUGGGAUGCAGGAGGAGUGGGAGAAGGAGGGGGAGGUCGUCAUGGACUUCCUGCUGCCCACUGGGAUCUUCCUCAAAUUCCCCGUGUCUCGAAACGACACCAUCAAAAACAUCAAAAAAAUGGUCUGGAAAAACGCCAGAAGCGAAGCCCUGUUCAGCGGCCUGGGCGAUCCCGACGCCUACGUCUUCACCUGCAUCAACCAGACGGCGGAGCGGGAGGAGCUGGAGGAGGAGUCCAGGCGCGUGAGCGACGUGCGGCCCUUCAUGUGCGUCCUGAGGCUCGUGGCGAGGGAGGGCGACCGCGUGGAGAAACUCACAAAUGCUCAGAUCAGCCUGCUGAUCGGCAAAGGUCUUCAUGAGUUCGAGGCCCAGAAGAACCACGAGGUGAAUGAGUUCCGGACUAAAAUGCGAACCUUCUGCGAGGAGAAGGCUCAGGAGCGGCAGAGUCUGCCCUGGCAUCAGUGGAUGGAGUACAGCUUCCCCUGUGACCUGGAGCCCUGCUGCUCUCCGCCCGGCUCCAAAACCAAAAACACCAAGAAGAUCUUCGUCAACGUGAAGUUCGAGGCCAGCGAUGAAAGCUUCAUGCUGCAGCAGGACCCGCAGGACCUGCCGAUGGCUCUGAUGAGGAGCGCCCUCAAGAAGAAGGCGACGGUUUUUCGCUCGGUGCGGCAGGAGCCCGAGGACUACACGCUCCAGGUCAACGGGCGGUGGGAGUUCAUCUACGGGAGACACCCGCUGUGCCAGUUCAAAUACAUAUUCUCGUGUUUGAGGAACUGCCAGAACCCUCAUCUGACCAUGGUGCACCACUCCACCAUCAGUAAAUAUCAGGAGGAGCAGGGGAGAAUGUGCAGCCAGGUGUACAAGACUCGCUCCCUGUCCAGGCCGCCUCCCCUGCCCCUGAAAAAGCAGAACACCUCGUCUCUCUGGUCCAUCAAUGAGCCGUUCUACAUUCACCUGCUGCAGGGCAGCCGAGUCAACGCCGACGAAGGAAUGAAGCUCGUGGUGCAGGCUGGUCUGUUCCAUGGCAGCGAGCUGCUCUGUAAGGUGGUGACGAGCUCGGAGGUGACGGUGUGCUCCGAGCCGCUCUGGGACCAGAGGCUGGAGUUUGACAUCAACGUGGCCGACCUGCCCCGCAUGAGCCGCCUGUGCUUCGCUCUCUACGCCGUCAUCGAGAAGACCAAGAAGCCCCGCGGCACCAAGAAGAAGAACAAGCGAGCGGACUGCCCGAUAGCCUGGGUGAACACCAUGGUGUUCGACUACAAGGACCAGCUGAAGACCGGGGAGUUCCUCCUCUCCACAUGGCCAUCUGUGCCCGAUGAUAAAAGUGACCUUUUGAACCCGAUGGGAACAGUGGAGAAGAACCCCAACGUGGACAGCGCUGCUGGACUGCUCAUCCGCUACCCCAACAUCCGGCCUCAUCCUCUCUACUACCCUCCGCUGGAGAAGAUUGCCGAUGUGGAGAGAAAUGUUGAUCCAGUUUUCCCCACUAAAGAGGAGAAUGUGAGGCUGAAGGAAAUCAUGGACAACAAGAACUACACCGAGUUUUUCGAGGACGAGAAGGAGCUCCUGUGGAAGCUCCGCGCUGAAGUCCGUGAUCGAUUCCCUGAAAGCUUGUCCAAGCUGCUCCUCAUCACCAAGUGGAACAAACGCGAGGACGUGGUUCAGAUGGUGAGUUUACUGAAGAAGUGGCCAGACCUUCCUGCCAUUCAUGCCUUAGAGCUCUUAGACUACAGUUUUCCAGACCCAGCCGUGCGCUCAUUCACCAUCCGAUGCCUCCGGAAGCUGAGUGAUGGUGAACUGCUGCAGUACUUGAUCCAGCUGGUCCAGGUCCUGAAGUAUGAGUCCUACCUAGACUGCGACCUCACCACGUUCCUGCUCGAGAGGGCUUUGUCCAACAAGAGGAUAGGACACUUCCUGUUCUGGCAUCUCAGGUCAGAGAUUCAUGUGGCGUCCGUGGGUUUGCGUUUCGGCCUGAUUCUGGAAGCGUACUGCAGAGGAAACAUCCACCACAUCAAGCUGUUAACCAAGCAGAACGAGGCUCUGGGCAAAAUGAAGGCCCUGAGCGACAUUGUCAAGUCGGGGUCCCAGAAGAUGACGGCGGAGGACUUGAAGCUGUGCAUCAGGCAGGAGUCGUACCUGGAGGCCCUGUCAGACCUGCUGUCGCCUCUCAACCCCAGCGUGGUGCUGGCUGAGAUCUGUGCAGAUAAGUGCAGAUUCAUGGACUCCAAGAUGAAGCCACUCUGGCUGAUGUACAGGAACCCCCUGGCUCAAGGUGACAUGGUCGGCAUCAUCUUCAAAAAUGGAGACGAUCUUCGGCAAGACAUGUUGACUCUGCAGAUGAUCCAGCUGAUGGAGAACUUGUGGAAGAAAGAAGGCCUGGAUCUGAGGAUGAUCCCGUACGGCUGUCUGUCCACCGGGAACAAAAUGGGGCUGAUCGAAGUCGUGAAGAACUCGGACACCAUUGCCAACAUACAGCGCAACAACAGCAACAGUGCUGCUACCGCUGCCUUCAACAAGGAUGCCUUGCUCAACUGGCUCAAGUCGAAGAAUCCCGAGGACAAACUUGAUCAAGCAAUAGAGGAGUUCACUCUGUCCUGUGCUGGCUACUGUGUAGCAACUUACGUCCUGGGCAUUGGAGAUCGUCACAACGACAAUAUCAUGAUCAGGGAAACUGGACAGUUGUUCCACAUUGACUUUGGGCAUUUCCUGGGCAACUUCAAGCGGAAACUUGGGAUCAACAGGGAGCGCGUGCCUUUCAUUUUAACCUACGACUUUGUGCAUGUGAUCCAGCAAGGACGGACAAACAACAGCGAGAAAUUUGAGAGGUUCAGGGAGUACUGCGAGCGAGCCUAUAAGAUCCUGUGUCGGAACGGGACGCUGUUUGUCAACCUCUUCGCUAUGAUGAAGGCAGCAGGUCUCCCCGAGCUCACCUCCUUUAAGGAUAUCCAGUAUCUAAAGGACUCCUUAGCUCUGGGUAAAUCAGACGAAGAGGCACUGAAGAAUUUCAAAGUGAAGUUCAACGAAGCUUUGAGGGAAAGCUGGAAGACCAAGGUCAACUGGAUGAUGCACUCGCUGGCCAAAGACAAUCGACCGUGAGGAACUCUGACCGAACCCACAUAAACCCCGAGGACCAGCUAGAACCUGAAGAGGAGGACUCGUAUUUUAUGUCAUGGAUGACAUUUAAAGACAGACCUUAUCAAAUGUUUACAUUUCACUUGCCUGAAUGUGGUGAAUGAAGGAGGCGUCCAAAGACAGAGAUAUCCCUGGAGCACAGUGGAGGGAAUCCGUUGCGCUCAUCUCACAUCUCUGAAGGAUCAUCUUUGCAACAAGGAUGUAUUGCCCCAGAUCGUUAAUGUAUUUUUGAUUGAACUCGCUACUUGAAAACCACUUGUGGAAUCACUGUAACAGAAGGUCCGUCUCACCCACUGCGUUACUCAUCAGGCAGGGAACUGCAAACAAACUGGUGACUUCAGAAGACGCCAUGCAAAGGUGGAGCGUUGGAGCAGUUUCACCUCGAGACUAGUCUACAGUUUACAACCCUGGAUGGCUGUAUCACUUCCUCUUACUUCAACUGCAUCCUUGCAAAUAUGUUUUGUUUUUUUUUUUGUUUUUUUUAUACUCGUGUUUUAUUUAAUUUGGUAGUUUUGAAGCACUUGUAAAGCCAUAAAGGGUAUUUUAAAUAUAUGUAUAGUGUUGUAUUUUAUUGCUAUGACAUUGAUGUGUAAUAUUGCCUUGAAAAACAAUAUGUUGCCUUCGUAGUGCCAAUUCAUAUAAAGUAUUGUCGGAUUUACAAUGUGAUUUCAGAUGAAGAAGUAUAGUAUUUAAUUUUGAUACCGUGCCUGUGGCUGAGGGUGCAAAUUUACGCUGUUCUUAAAGAGUGCAUUAGCAUCCUAAGACACACUCUCACUUGUUUCUGUGCUUACAUGGGAAGUUUAGUUCCUCUCUUGUGUCCAUUUGUUAAACACAGUUUUAGUUUGUGACGCAGAGCUUAGUGUAAAGAAUUGAAACAGCUGAAAUGAGCUCAGCUGUUUCGUUUGAAAAUAAAUAGCAGCAUUAAGAGCAGCUCUCCAAAAAUUGCCAUGCGUUUUGGCGCUGCUAUAUCCGUGGUUCUCAACAUGUGGGACGGACCUCUGGAGCUCACAGGAGAACUUCAGAAGGUACGAAGCAGCAGGAUAAGGCUCGGGAUCAGGGGAAUACCUCUUCCCUUCUGAUUUUUGUUUUUUUGUUUUUGUCAUUUUUGUUUUUCAAAAGAAAUAAAGAAAAUGAAUAAUUUACAAGUAAACCAAUAAUUUCACAAAAACAUUUUUGUUACUGAAUUUGUGCGUCUAUUGGAGACAAAUUUCAAUCAUAAAACCAAAAAGUGUAGCGAUAGUUGCUGGUUAUUAAUAAAUGUUUAAGUUGUGGUGGGAGGCAACAUGGUUUAAGCUCUGCAGGGGGGCCGCUGUUCGCCUACACUUUGAUGACCGUUGUUAUCAUGCCAGGUGGAUCUGGCUCAGGCUGUCUGUAUCUCCACAUUUCCUUAACUCACGUCUGGCAAAGCAUACCAUUUCUUGGCUGCAGCUUCUUAUUCAACAGAUGUGAAAAGUGUUGUUUAAUGUGAUUAUUGAUUUUUUUUUUUUUUUUAUCUGAUGUAAGUGGAGAAAUAAAUUAUUAAAUGUAUUACAUUUUUGGUUGAAGAGAUAGUCAUAAUAUUUAAGUCUUGUUUCUGUUUGACCUGAAUAAGACAAUCUAUGGACUUGUGUAAGCCAUACACUCAUGCUUCUGUUCGUCAAAAUUAGUGCUGUUCACAUGCCUGUUUUGCAAAUGUAAAUCUGGAUUACGUCUCAGAAGAAGCAUUCUGUGAGAAUGUGUGAUGUAUGUAAGCCGUGCGCUUGGAUAUUUAAGUUAUGUAACGGUGAUUUUCUUUGCAUUAUUGAACAUACAGUGUGUGCCAGGUCUAGUGAAAGACAUGUCAUGCUUCUAGUGUCAAACAAGUCUAAUGCAGUGCUAAAUGAUGUUCGUGAUCCUACAUGCUGUUUGAUUUGAUUUUAAGGUGCAUUCUGAUUACUUUACAGGCUUCAUAUCCUGCUGCCAGUCCCCUGUAAGGACUGCUUGAAUGCACGGAGAUAAUAUGCUUUUCACGACCUCUUUUAACAUGCAGAGCAGUGAAAAUGGUCUCCGCUUUUUGUGAGUCUUGGUACAAUAUUGCCAUUGAGAAGAGCAGGUGUUGCUGUAUCUGUGCAGCAUGAAGUUUAAAUACCUUAAACUAUUGAAAUGUACACUGGAGUAGACUUUUAAUAUGGGUCAUUUAUUUCCUCAAUGCGGUUUCCACUAAGCUGCUUCAGGUCCGGCUUACUAAGAUUAUAAGGCUUUGUGUACAUAAAUGGAAAAUAUACAACUAAAACCUUUUAAAUUUAAUGUGAUAUAUGGACUUAAAUGGCACAAAUCCUUUAGGUACAGGGCUGGUUUCCCUUUCUUUUUUUUUCUUUUUUUUUUUUUUUUGUACAGGGAAAACAGAUGAGCAGUCCAGCUGAAGUGUUUCUUGUGUGGACCUAUGCUUUAAAUGCAUCCUAGCUUGGGAUUUGCUUCACUUGCAGUCGGGAGGGAAACGUGUUCAAUAAACAGUUUGCAACAGGAUAGCUCACUGGGGCUUUCUAGGAUCCAGGCCAUUUGUUAGCUUAAUGUUCUGUCUAUUUUUAUGCUGCCUUAAAAUAGGCUGAUUAAUUGGAUGAUGGCCAACACCACCAAAGACACCCCUAUUUUCUGCUACUCUUUGCAUAUCCAGCAGUAUUUUAGAGCAGCUGCCUUCAGUACAGGUCAAAAAGAGUUCAGACUUAGCAGGAACAUGAUUCAUUUACACUUAAAGAAAUCGAUUUAAAAUGAAGAAAAUGCUUUUAUUUUUACAUGUGAGAAUGUAUGUGGUGGUCUGCAAUUGUUCUUUGAAAUAAAUGUUAUUUAGCAGA